CUCAAAGAUCACCCAUCUCUCUCGCCAUUUGCCAUCUUUAGUUCCAGCCCCCACCUCCCGAUCCAUUAAAUCCCGCGGCGCCCUCCUGCUCGCCCCAUUCCUCCCACCACCGCCCAGAUCCAGGCCAUGCCGCCGCCACCGCCGCCGCCGGAGCCGUUCCGGGUCUUCGUCGGGUACGACCCGCGGGAGCACGAGGCGUACGAGGUGUGCCGCCGCAGCCUGCUCCGCCACGCCACCGUGCCGCUCGACGUGCGCCCCAUCCGCCAGCCGGACCUGCGCGCCGCGGGGCUCUACCGCCGCGCCAGGGGCCCCACGGAGAGCACCGAGUUCUCCUUCACGCGCUUCCUCACGCCCUACCUCGCGGGCUACCGCGGCUGGGCGCUCUUCGUCGACUGCGACUUCCUCUACCUCGCCGACGUCGCCGACCUCCUCGCCGCCGCCGCCAUCCCCCCCUCCCCCUCCGACUCCGACCUCGCCGUCGUCUGCGUCAAGCACGAGUACCAGCCCGCCGAGGCCACCAAGAUGGACGGCGCCAUCCAGACCGCCUACCCGCGCAAGAACUGGUCCUCCAUGGUGCUCUACAACUGCGCCCACCCCAAGAACGUCGCCGCGCUCACCCCCGACGCCGUCAGCACCCAGACCGGCGCCUUCCUCCACCGAUUCUCCUGGCUUGAGGACCACGAGAUCGGGGAGGUGCCUUUCGUCUGGAACUUCCUCGUCGGGCACAACAGGGUUGACCCCGACGAUCCGGACACGCAGCCCAAGGCACUGCACUACACCUGCGGCGGGCCGUGGUUCGAGAGGUACAGAAACUGCGAGUUCGCAGACCUAUGGAUCAAGGAGGCCGAGGAACUCAGGGCCGAGAAGGAGAAGCUCAAGGCCAUACAGGACCACCACGACAACGACGAGGAGAUCAACAAGGGGAAUUCGAAUUGAUUCAUGAUAUGGUCGACGACUUCCCCGAUAUUGCAUUGCAUUGGUUCUUUUUGUGAGCGCCCGCUGAAAUUCUUUCCAUUCAAUCUGUCCCCACGCAGAUAUAUGUAGCCACUAGCUUCUCUUACUACUGUUAUCAUGUUGAUUUCUUC